GUCAUUACGGCGGUAUGUUGUCACGGAGUCACGCGAAAUUUAAUGACACGAGUCUAAUCACGACCUACAGUACAUAUUAUAUCACGAUACAUCACCAUAUAGUUCGAUCGAUCGAACGAAUUAUUCUAAUAUAAUAUCAAAUCAUCUGUGAAGCGUUUAUUAUUAUUCAAUUAGUUUUGGUAUAGCAUGGAUCGAGUGUUCGAUCAUUUGCGGUAUGUCCGGUGUCCGACGUGUUCCCGCGUUUUCUGCUGCACCAAACACCGGGUGCAGCAUGAACGGCGCGUACAUGUCGCGGUUCCAGGGGGGCCGGUGAUCAGGCGUCGCUUCCGGUCGUCGCAUGCGGUGCAGCAGCCUGCAGUAAAACACAAGACGACCCAUGUCGGCGGCCCUUCCCCCGCCAAUUGUCGGAAGAGGUUGCACGUGGCCAUCACCCCGACCGCAGCGCAGUCCAUCAGCAGCGGUUUGCGAAUUAUGGAACAGCGGCAUCACCGCCGGGUCGAGGAGCUUCGCCGGACCGAAGAACAGCGCCGGACCGUGGAACAGCGCGCGGUGAUGAUAGAGACGUGCGCCCGGAACAUACUCAAGGCCCGUCGAUCCAGCCUCACCACCAUAAGACACCUGCGACCGGUGGCCGAAAGCAGUCCCGCGGUUCCACUGCCGCCGCCGUGCACGCCGUACACCACGACCACGGACGUGGCCGAGUCUGCGAUCACGCCCGUCGAGUGGUCGGUAGUCGUUUCGUCGGUGGGCAGCCCGCCGAGCUUUUACCAGACGCCGAUGCAGACGCCAACGCAAACGCCAACGCAAAAGAUCCCGGACACACCGUCGUUACAAAAGCUUACAGAAACGCCGUUACAAACGCUUUCGGACACGCCGUUGCAAUCGUUGCCGGACACGCCUUUGGAAACGCUCUCAGACACGCCUGUCAACGGCAAACCCGUGUACGACGGAGGAAAUGUUAAGCGCGUACCGUCAGGCGGUGGUUCAACGCAAAAAGGAUUUUUCUGGUCGAACAUGGCUCGUCGCUUCCGGUUAGCGCUGAGGCCUGCCAAACCCAAAGUCGUCGAGAACAACUACAGUUCGUCGACGCCUGUAUCAGUAAACGUAGACUGCAUGGUUAAUCCGUAUGGCAACAUCCAACCGAGGCGACCUAUCUGUAACAACGACUCGUUGAUGACACCCGUCCAUCCCAGGCCGUCGCUUGAGGCCAUCCGCAAGGCCCAUGAAGAAGCGAGCAAGGCCUUUAAUAAGUUCAUGACCGAUUAAAGUAUGUUGUCUGAUAAGUGCAACAGACACACUUCACUUAGUGUCAAGUAAUUUUUUUGUAUACACAUAUAUUAUGUUAUCAUUCUAUUGAUUUUUAUAUAUUUUUAUUUUAGUUUUAGACUUGGGGAAUUAAUUGAAUUUUUUAUUUAUAAAUCGUUCAUAUUACAAUUCAUGGACUUGUUGUGUUUUUUACUCACUUCUGUA